CUCUCUCUCCAAAUACAGAACAUAUAAAGCAGGAAAAAAUGGCGUUGGCAGCGCGCGCCCUUUUUCGGAGUUUCCUCGCUAGGAAUGCCGGGUUAAACUCAAGAAAUAUGAAAGGAGUCACACUGAGCCGAAACGCGGUGACCUCAACCUCGGGAGCCAUACUUCCAAAACCAGAUAUAACCCGGUUUGGUGUGGUGCGCAUGACGGUGGUGGUGCUCCCGUUCCUGUAUGUAGGCACGCUCAUCAGCAAGCAGUUUGCAGCUCUUCUGGAAGAGCACGAUAUCUUCGUUCCUGAUGAUGACGAUGACUGAGUAACAGCAGGCCAUACAAUGCAGCUGGGUGACUGGGGACACACACCGUCGCUCACACUGAAGAUAACUCUAAACAGGAUCAGUGCAAUAACGUUCCAGUUCAUCAGCUAGCGUUUACACUCCAACUUUUCAGUCAGACUCUAAUGUCAGAUUUUUGAUGAGUUGUCUUUUAAAGCCAAAGUCUUAACACCAUAUAUAUAUAUAUGUGUUUGCGUGUACAGUUUUGUUUCCGUCGAAUAAAGGACUUGACUAUUGGUUG